CUCCAACCUUUCUGCCGCACACUCCGUGCUUGUGGAAGUUGUCAUGGAGAUAGAACCGUCCCCGGCGUCUGCUCGCUGGGGUGUUGCCAUGGAGAUCCCGGCUCGAGGUCCGCUCACGGCAGUGCUGGAGGAAGAGAGCAGCUCGCGGCUGGGGUCCGAGAAGCGAAUUCAGGACCUUGGAGAGAAGCGGUGCCGAGGACCCCCUUUCAGCCAAGGGAACUACUACAUGCUCAUAGUGAUCGGAGAGAUAGCGACAGACCACCAGCUGCAACGCGCCAGAGACCACUUAGAGCGGGGGAUCCGCUCCUGGGACGUCAGCCUCAAGUCAUGUGACCUGGACCAUCAGCUGCAGCUGUUUGUGACGCGUCACUCCGCACAGUUCUCCGCAGAGGUUAGAGGACAACGGACUCUCCACCACAAAAGUGAUGUCCUAGAGACUGUGGUGUUAGUCAACCCAUCCGAGGAUACGGUUGCUUUAGAGAUCCAGUCUCUUGUCACAGACUCAGCAGGACAUAAGCUCUUGGUCCUGAGUGGGCAGAACUCAGACCACGGUGACCUGCUUCUCCAAAGUGGGGUUUUCACCUAUCAGAGCUUCUCACAAGUCUUUGCUGAUCCUGGGGUCAGUGAUUUGCUGGGCGAAGCGGCCCCCGAGCAGCGGGCCACACUCACUGUGUCCUGCCGAGCGGAGGUGGGUUGGAGUUCCCUGGGUCAGCAGCAGCACUUACGGGAGUUCCUUGAGUACAGACUGAACCCUGAGCCUGUGCUCCCCAAGAUGGAGGGAGUCACAGAGUUCACGGAGUACAUCUCCGAGACGGUAGACGUGCCUUCGCCCUUUGACCUCCUGGAGCCACCCACUUCUGGAGGCUUCCUGAAACUGUCCAGGCCCUGCUGCUAUGUCUUCCCUGGGGGGAGGGGCGACUCGGCCCUGUUUGCGGUCAAUGGCUUCAACAUCCUAGUGGAUGGAGGCUCUGAAAGGAAAUCAUGCUUCUGGAAGUUGGUCAGACACUUGGACCGCAUCGACUCGAUUUUACUCACUCACAUUGGUGCAGACAAUCUGCCAGGCAUCAAUGGGCUUCUUCAAAGGAAAAUAGCAGAGCAGGAGGAGGAACAGUCACAAGGCUCUGCUAGCUACAGCGACUGGAUGAAGAACCUGAUCUCUCCAGAGCUUGGUGUGAUCUUCUUCAAUGUACCCGAGAAGCUACGUAUGCCAGAAUCAAACCUAAAGGUCAAGCGUAGCAUCGAGGAGGCCUCACUCACGUUGCAGUACCUCAACAAACUGGGAAUCAAGCCGGAGCCUCUCUGUAGACUGGUCAGUAACCCUAUUGAGCCUUUAACUCUUUUCCAUAAGAUGGGAGUGGGCAAGUUAGACAUGUAUGUUCUGAACCCCGUCAAGGACAGUAAAGAGAUGCAGUUUCUCAUGCAAAAGUGGGCGGGUAACAGCAAGGCCAAAACUGGCAUUGUGCUCCCCAAUGGAAAAGAGGGAGAAAUAUCCGUACCUUACCUGACGUCAGUUACAGCAUUAGUCGUCUGGCUUCCUGCCAAUCCUGCAGAAAAGAUUGUCAGAGUGCUGUUCCCUGGAAACGCACCACAAAACAAAAUCCUGGAGGGCCUGGAGAAAUUAAAGCACCUUGACUUCUUGCGAUACCCAGUAGCCACACAAAAAGACAUUGCCUCAGGAGCUCCACCUGCUGUUGUAAAACAGACAAAGCUGAAGCAAAGGACAGACAGCAAAGAGAGUCUCAAAUCAUCUCCCAAGACUACCAAAUCCCCAAAGAAAGAAGCAGACGAUGAGGUUUCGGUGACCACAGAGGCAAAGAGUGACUCUGUGAAGGAAAGUAGGAAACUGGUAGAGAAUGAAAAACCCACAAAAAUACUAAAAUCCAAGACUGAUGGACCAGAAAAUAAAAAACUUUUGAAGGAGAAAUCCUUGAAAAAACACUCAAAGGAAAGGGCAUCCAAGAUGGAUGAGAAAAAAGACAAGGAAAAGAAAGAGAUCAAACAUGUCAAGAAAGAUGACGCAGCUAAAAAAGAAGACAAAAAAAAAGACCCCAAAGUUGACAAGAAAAAGGACACGUCCAAACCAGAGUUGAGAAAGAUAACAAAACCUGACCUAAAACCCCUCACACCAGAGGUCAGAAAGACCCUGCACAGGGCAAAAGCGUCAAGUAAACCCAAAACCGACAAAAGCAAAGUCAAAACGGCCAAGGCAGAGCCUGCUGAAACCAAAUCUGAGGAACUAGCAGCAGAUACCAUUCAGCCUGAGCCAUUACAGAAUGGGGCUGUUGAGGGCAUGUCUGCUUCCUCCACUCCAGAGGAUCUUACCAAGCCACCAGAGAGUGCAGUGGAGACACCAGCAGAAGAAAGCAUGACCGAAUCCCCUACCCAGGAGGAGGAGAAAGAACAGGAAACUGUCUCUCAAACUCCAACGGGCACAAAGUCACCUGAGAAGGGAGCAGCCACAGCAAUGGGAUUUGAGACUGAAUCUCAAAGAAAAGAGGACAAAUUAGCACAAGAGCAUAAAGAAGAAUUUCAAGCACAGGACAUGGAUAUCUAUGAGGACGAGGGAGCUGCCAUUGAGGACGAUGAGGUGGAGGAAAAAGAAGGCCUGAUAGCAGAGAGGAAAAUGGUAGAGGAAGAGGAAGAUAUGGGGAUAGGGGAGGAGGAAGAGGAAGGAGAAGAUAACAGACUAGACAGGAAACAUGAGGUGGAGGAAAUGGAGAAAGCUGAAAAGCCCACAGAUAUGGCUAAAGAGGAAAGCAGAAGGCCUUCAUCCCAGGAGGAGGAAGAGGAAGAUGAAGAUGUUGUUGAAAAGGCCGAGCUGGAAGAGGUAGAAGACUUAGACGUGAUAGCUGAUGAAGAGGUCAAAGACAAACCUGAAGCGGGAGAGAAAGAAACAUCGGCCAAGAACUUGGAAAGCAAAGCAGUCGAACAGACUGCUGGAGCCAAAGAGGAGGAUGAGGAAGAUGAGGAAGGCUACAUCUCAAAUGUUGGAGGCGCUACAGCCGACAUAGUAUCAACACUGCAAGGAGCCGCUGCUGCCGAGCCCAUCUCCUUCAUUCAAGACGAAACCAUUCCCGGUUACUCCGAAACUGAACAGACCAUCUCGGAUGAGGAGAUUCACGAGGAGGCGGAAGACAGGAUACCACACCUCCAAUACGAAGUGGGUACAUAUGACAUCUCUGUCCCAGAUCAGACAGGCUCCUUGGACACCAUCCACAGGAUGAAGGAGAUGCAAGCAGCAGCUAUGGCUGAUGUAACAGCCAAAGGUUUCAUGAGUGGACAGGAGCAAGUAUCAGUAUUCACUAACAUCAUGUCUGCUCCCUUGGCAGAGGAAGAACUUGUUUCCUCAGCCACAUCCAUCACGGAGUAUGAUAAAUUGUCCUCCUUUCCUACCUCUAUUGCAGAGGACCAAUUGGUUACUCCCGUCACUACACCUCAGACUGAGGAAACGGGCAAAAGCUCACUGGUUAACGAUACUGUUAACAGCGUUCCCCUGGCAAUUCCAACUGAGGCCACACAUGGGAAAGAACACUUCCACUCUGCUGGGACCAUCUCACCAACAUCCUCCUUGGAGGACGACAAGUGCUUAAAGUCACCUCCAUCUGAGGAGUGCCUUCCUGUUGUCUCUGACGCGAAGACUGAGGAUAAGGUCAUCAAGGCUCAUGAUGAAGAGGAAGAAGAAGAAGACCAAACUCCUAACGUUGACAUUUCACGUGAAAAACUACAGGAGAGUUUUGCCUCUCCUCAAAUGUUCCAGGAUAGAGAAAGGGAUGUGGAAAAGCUCCCUGCCUCUGAGUCUCAUGUCUCCAAACCUGUUCAGGAUUUGAAGCUGGAUCACCCACCAGUUGAUGAGGAGGUACAGCUCUUUAAGUCCAAAGAAGACAUCUCAACGGCAGUGCCUCCAAAACCCCUUUCACCUCCACCCUCUUUCUCAAAGCCAUUUAGGUCAGACUCCGUUACUUCAGAAGGUGAAGAGCGGUGCUUCAGUCCAGACGAUAGCACUGUGAAAAUGGCCUCUCCCACACAGUCUGGACCUCCCAGUGCAACCCACUCUCCUCUUCAUCAGUCGCCUGUGGAAGAAAAGACCAAGGGCUUCCCAGGACUGGAGCAUCAAACACAGGAGGACGUUCAUGAUUCAGCCACCAAAACAGACAAUGAGGAUGCGAAGAAAGAUCCAGAAGAUAAUAAGGAAAAACUAGAUGCUGACAUCCAGAAAGAAAGUCAACGUGAGUCAGAUGCACCACCAUCUGGGGAGAAAUCAUUUGAACAAGACUUGCCGGUUACAAAAGUGGAAGAAAAAGAUGGUCUCUCCGCUUCCACAGAUGAGAUCCAACUGAAACAGGAGACAACUCCUCUUCCCUCUGAGUCAGUCACAAGGAAAGAUGAAGUUUCCUUAUUAGGAAAGGAAUCUUUACGGGAAGACAUUUCUAGUGGUGAGGCUAUACUCGGACACAGUGACGAGGAAGAUGAUGAUGACCAUCAAGAGAAAGAAUCCAAAGAGUGCAGUAAGGCUAAAUUCCCAAAGGAGAAGGAGAGUAGUUUCUUAGAUGAUGACGACGGUGAGGAUGAUGAUGAUGAUGAUACUUCUGAUGUAAAACCCAUAAAACAGGACAUGAAGGAGAAAGAGACAGAAAAGCAUGACACACACGAGGCUGAAACCACCAAAGAAGGUAAAGAAACAGAAAAGGUUGGUACCACUGAAGCUGAACCCAUCAAGGAAGAUACAGAUUCGAAAGUGAAGGAAAAAUGUGAUAUUCAUGAAGUUGAACCCAUCAAGGAAGAUUCCAAUGGGAAAGUGAAAGAAAAAUAUGUCAUACUUGAAGCUGAACCCAUCAAGGAAGAUAAGAAAGUAACAGAAAAGGUUGGUACUACUGAAGCUGAACCCAUCAAGGAAGAUAAGAAAGUAACAGAAAAGGUUGGUACUACUGAAGCUGAACCCAUCAAGGAACAGAAGAAAGUAACAGAAAAGGUUGGUACUACUGAAGCUGAACCCAUCAAGGAAGAUAAGAAAGUAACAGAAAAGGUUGGUACUACUGAAGCUGAACCCAUCAAGGAAGAGAAGAAAGUAACAGAAAAGGUUGGUACUACUGAAGCUGAAUCCAUCAAGGAAGAUAAGAAAGUAACAGAAAAGGUUGGUACUACUGAAGCUGAACCCAUCAAGGAAGAUAAGAAAGUAACAGAAAAGGUUGGUACUACUGAAGCUGAACCCAUCAAGGAACAGAAGAAAGUAACAGAAAAGGUUGGUACUACUGAAGCUGAACCCAUCAAGGAAGAUAAGAAAGUAACAGAAAAGGUUGGUGCUACUGAAGCUGAACCCAUCAAGGAAGAUAAGAAAGUAACAGAAAAGGUUGGUGCUACUGAAGCUGAAUCCAUCAAGGGAGAUAAGAAAGUAACAGAAAAGGUUGGUGCUACUGAAGCUGAAUCCAUCAAGGAAGAUAAGAAAGUAACAGAAAAGGUUGGUGCUACUGAAGCUGAAUCCAUCAAGGAAGAUAAGAAAGUAACAGAAAAGGUUGGUGCUACUGAAGCUGAACUCAUCAAGGAAGAUAAGAAAGUAACAGAAAAGGUUGGUGCUACUGAAGCUGAAUCCAUCAAGGAAGAUAAGAAAGUAACAGAAAAGGUUGGUGCUACAGAAGCUGAACCCAUCAAGGAAGAUAAAGAUACUUGUGGGGCCGAGCUCAUCAAGGAGAAGUGUGAACCUCUGAAAGAAGAGAAACAGAAAGAAAUAGAGACUAUAUUAACUUCUAAAGAUGAGCUAAGCUCUUGUAUCUCUACCUCUAAAGUGGAGCCAGCCUCAGACUCCACCACAAGACAACAAAUAGUACAAGAGAAAGAUACCUUUGUGGCUGAAGCCAUGAAAGAUGAGACGAAAGAAAAGGAUACCUUUGACACUGAACCGAUAAGAGAAGAUAAAAUAGAAAAAGAGCGAGAUACCCUUGUCAGUGAACCGACAAAAGAAGAGCACAGAGAGAAAGAGAAGAGUGAUACAUGCAUGGCUGAAUCCACCCAGGGGGAGAAUAAAGAAAAUUAUAAUUCUUUUGAGAUUGAAGUCAGUCAGGAAGAGAACAUGCAGAAAGAGAAAGAUGAUACUCAUGUGGCUGAUGUCAGUAAAGAACGGAAGAUGGAAAAUGAGCAAGAGAAAGAAGAUACUGGUGAUUUCAAAGACGUCAAAGAUGAGAAAGAUAGAGAUGAACGUUAUGAAGCUGAACCCUUCAGAGAGGAAAGAGAGAAAGACAGAGAUGAACGUUAUGAAGCUGAACCCAUCAGAGAGGAAAGAGAGAAAGACAGAGAUGAACGUUAUGAAGCUGAACCCUUCAGAGAGGAAAGAGAGAAAGAUAGAGAUGAACGUUAUGAAGCUGAACCCUUCAGAGAGGAAAGAGAGAAAGACAGAGAUGAACGUUAUGAAGCUGAACCCAUCAGAGAGGAAAGAGAGAAAGAUAGAGAUGAACGUUAUGAAGCUGAACCCUUCAGAGAGGAAAGAGAGAAAGACAGAGAUGAACGUUAUGAAGCUGAACCCAUCAGAAAGGAAAGCGAGAAAGAUAGAGAUGAACGUUAUGAAGCUGAACCCUUCAGAGAGGAAAGAGAGAAAGAUAGAGAUGAACGUUAUGAAGCUGAACCCUUCAGAGAGGAAAGAGCAAAAGAAAAUGAAACAGCUGACAAAGUCAAAGAUGAGAAGAGCAAGGAAGAGACAGAAAAAUAUGAUUCUCAUGAGAUUGAACCUGCUAAAGAGGAGGAAGAGGAGAUGCAAGAGAAAGAUCUACGAGAGGCCUUACAGUGCACCACACAGACAAGAACGGUAGAGAAACUAGAGGUGACGUCUGCGACAAAGCUUGAGUCUACAUUUCAGGUUCAGUACUCAGAUGGAGAUGAGGAGGAGGAAGAGGAAGAUGAAUCCAUUUGUAUGGCUGGUGCAGGCUCAAGACCUUUAUCAGUGGAACCUAGACAAUCAGAGCACGACAUCAUGUCUCAACAUCUGCUCUCAACUCAGCCAUCAGAGAAUGUGCUUAGUGACCAAACGAAGGACCACCACUCUGAACAGACCACUGGGCUUGUGUCCUCAUUACCAAAACGGGAGGCCUCUCCUGAUAAAGACAUCAAAGAGCAGCAUAAAGAAGGACAACAUAGACUCUCCCCUGAACUAGAAAAGGACACCAGGACAACUGAGACCGCAUCAGGACCCCAUCUCAGCCAAGAGCCCACCAUUGGUUUCCCUACCAUGAAAGAGGAUCCAGUCUCUGCUAUCUCUACCACUAAAAAAGAACCAGUCUCAGACUCCAUCACUACAGACAGCCAGGCUAUAAGUUCAACACUAUCAAGCACCGAUAGCCAGGCUAUAAGUUUAGCACUAUCAAGCACCGAUAGCCAGGCUGUAACUUUAGCACUAUCAAGCACCGAUAGCCAGGCUGUAAGUUUAGCACUAUCAAGCACCGAUAGCCAGGCUGUAAGUUUAGCACUAUCAAGCACUGAUAGCCAGGCUAUAAGUUUAGCACUAUCAAGCACCGAUAGCCAGGCUAUAAGUUCAACACUAUCAAGCACUGAUAGCCAGGCUAUAAGUUCAACACUAUCAAGCACUGAUAGCCAGGCUAUAAGUUCAACACUAUCAAGCACUGAUAGCCAGGCUAUAAGUUCAACACUAUCAAGCACUGACAGCCAGGCUAUAAGUUCAACACUAUCAAGCGCUGACAGCCAGGCUGUAAGUUCCACUCUCUCGAGCACCGAUAGCCAGGCUGUAAGUUCCACUCUCUCGAGCACCGACAGCCAGGCUGUAAGUUCCACUCUCUCGAGCACCGAUAGCCAGGCUGUAAGUUCCACUCUCUCGAGCACCGACAGCCAGGCUGUAAGUUCCACUCUCUCGAGCACCGACAGCCAGGCUGUAAGUUCCACUCUCUCGAGCACCGACAGCCAGGCUGUAAGUUCCACUCUCUCGAGCACCGAUAGCCAGGCUGUAAGUUCCACUCUCUCGAGCACCGAUAGCCAGGCUGUAAGUUCCACUCUCUCGAGCACCGACAGCCAGGCUGUAAGUUCCACUCUCUCGAGCACCGAUAGCCAGGCUGUAAGUUCCACUCUCUCGAGCACCGAUAGCCAGGCUGUAAGUUCCACUCUCUCGAGCACCGACAGCCAGGCUGUAAGUUCCACUCUCUCGAGCACCGACAGCCAGGCUGUAAGUUCCACUCUCUCGAGCACCGACAGCCAGGCUGUAAGUUCCACUCUCUCGAGCACCGACAGCCAGGCUGUAAGUUCCACUCUCUCGAGCACCGACAGCCAGGCUGUAAGUUCCACUCUCUCGAGCACCGAUAGCCAGGCUGUAAGUUCCACUCUCUCGAGCACCGAUAGCCAGGCUGUAAGUUCCACUCUCUCGAGCACCGAUAGCCAGGCUGUAAGUUCCACUCUCUCGAGCACCGACAGCCAGGCUGUAAGUUCCACUCUCUCGAGCACCGACAGCCAGGCUGUAAGUUCCACUCUCUCGAGCACCGAUAGCCAGACUGUAAGUUCCACUAUCUCGAGCACCGAUAGCCAGGCUGGUGUGGAGGAAUCCCCCCAGCAUGAAACACUGCUGCCUUCUAUGACAACAAGCAAAGAAGCAUCUAAUACGGAUGAAAAGGCAAAGCAUGUUUCUCAAAAAGGAGAGGAGAAACCAGGCAAGGAAGCUGAGAGGGAAUUGGAAACAGAGCGGGAAGUUGCUUCCCCGGGACACACACAACCUUGUUCAUAUUUUCUCUUGGAUAAAGAUUCUGCGAAGUUUCCGGAGGAAGUGGGCCACAUUGAUGCUACAAAAGCAGACAGUGCCUCUGAAAAUGUGGAAGGUUUUGACAAAAUGAGAACAGAGAAGGAGGCGAUCGGUGUGAGCUUGCAAGAAGAAAAUCAGGGCUUUGGCAUGUCUAAGUAUGAACCCUAUGAAAAGCCCAUUUCGAAAGAAGAGGCAUCAGACAAUAAAGAAGACAGUGAGGUUUCUAGAGAGUUUGAUCAGUCAGCACAUAUUGGCGUUGAUGAUAACAGGAGAACUAGGCAGGCAGACGCUGGUGCAGCUGAAUUCGACUCAGAGGACGAGGAAAAAGAGGAACCGCUGUCAUUCAGUAGCGUUGAUUACACUCCCCCACGUUUCACAGAGAGCGAGAGAAGCCCCAGUUGUAGCCCAAGUGCCUUCCCUGAACACAAUGACAAAGAGAAAGGUCAAGAAGAAGAGAGUGAUAGGAAGGAGGGACAUGCUACACCACACGUGGAAAACAGCUUUGCAUAUUCAGAGACUCAAGACAACAAAACCACCCCAGCAGAGCCAUGCUCAUUACCUUUCAAUCUCAAAGAAGAUAAACCUGAAAAAGUUGAGAAAGAUGAAAUGAAGGACGAUGCCUGGUCGGCCCCUCAAACAUCUACAGGAGAGACGGACAAGACUGGAGCAUCUCCUAGUAUAGAGGAGUAUCUGCCAGUCCAGUCAGGCAGAAAGGAAACAGCCUCUCUGUCAUGGGGCCAAUCCAACCUUGGUGCCCAAGCCUCAGCUACUGCCAUGCUUUUUGAAGACAUCCCUGAGAAGCAGACAACAGAGAAGGAAAAAGAUGAGCCAGUGAAAGACAAGUUGGAUUCAUCUGAUAGUGAGCGAGGAGACUCUCCCUCUGGUCGCUACUCACCAGCGGAGAAAGACAUGUUACCCCGUCAAGUUUCGCCUAAGGAAAAGGAAAAUCAGGCUACUGCUGCCCCCCUGGCCGCGUACUCAGGACAUCUCAUAGACGAUAAUGUUCUUGCAUCUGAGUACACUCAAAUUGGCAGCUCUAUCACCAGUAAAUCUACAAUGGGCUAUUCUGAGAGAGAAGACACCCCGGACAGUGUAUAUAAGAGGCUACUGGUGGUGGGAGAGGAUUAUGAUGAUGAUGAUGACGAUGAUGAUGAUGAUGAUGAUGAUGAUGAAGAUGAGGAUGGUGAAGAUGCGGAGGAAGAAGAAGAAGAAGCCAGUGAUCUAGAUGUGGAGAAGGGUGCAAGAGAGCAGUCUGAAAAAGAAAUCUGUAAAACGACAUCGGAUGAUACCACACCUUCUAAACUUCUUGUUACAGAAGAAGAGGACAAGAAGGCCCUCUCACCCGAACCCAACCUCCUCAAAAAGGAGGAACCUACCCAUUCAAUGACCACAAUCUGCCCUCCACUGGUAGAUACUGCAGAUUCCCUUUUGAAUAAUGUAGUUGGUGCCUCGCCACUCCAGUCUGGCAGUUCCACUGCAAUAGAACAAACAGGAUCUGGAGGAUAUCCUUCUGAAUCCUCAGAGUUUUCUGAGGACAGCCAGCUGGGGUUAAAGGAGGAGAGGUUUGACAGUCCUGACCUAUCUCUGCCCACCAAGUCUAGUGAAGAUAAACAUUACAGUCAGGGAGACAUUGAAGCUGAGAGGCAGAGAAGCCCAGAUACCGCUAGUCGAAAACCAGAGGAAGCUCCUUCGUCUUACCUCCCAUCUGCCUCAGCUUCUCUAUCAACCAGCCACCAGUUACGAGAGGAGGUAGAGAGUCCCGUCACAGUGUCUAGUGCCCCCUACAGGACAGAUUCUGAGUUUGCUUCCUUUGAGUAUUCUUCAUUCAAAGAUGAAGAAUCCUCAGUCAAGCACUCAAUCCUCUCAACCUCAAGGGUAAUACUAAAAGAGGAGUACCUAGAAGCCUCUGAAAAGCUUACCUCAACAACUACAACUACAUUCAGUCUGACACAAGUCUCUCCAGUCUUACCUACUCCAGCCAAAGACACUAUUCAACAAGACACAUCAUCAAGCCAUAAAAUGGACAAGGGUCAGACCUCUGAUACCUUUCAUAAACUUGAGGGCAUUGUUGAAACCAAAACCAUGUCUGCUGGGGCUUCAGAACCAUUAAGUUCCCAGCUGUCCAAACCCGCUGAAACCAUAUCCACUUCAAGGGCUCUCUUUGAGGUUUCCCCAUUGCAAAGAGCUGACUCUCCUGACAGAGAAUCCCAGGGCUCACUGGACAGCAAAGAGUCCUACACUCUUCCAUGCCGCAUUGAAUGCCAGAAAUCUUCAGUGACAGAGCAAAAAGAAGGCAUGCUGUCCAUAACUGAGACACACAUGGUCACCAUCGUCUCCAGUACAACCACAACAGUGACCCAAUCUGAUGUGGUGACAAAACCACAGGAGUCAACUGAAGCCUCUUCCAAUGGGCCUACUGAGGUUCGCACAAGUGCCCAAGAAGUCUUCAGUGAAGCAAGCAAAGCCUCUUGUGCCACAAUGUCAGAUCUACCUAAAUCUGAUCUGCUUAAAUCUGAUCAGAAAAAGGAGGAAGAAGAAGAAGAAGAAGAGACAAAGAAAGAGAAAGAUAAGAUGGAAAUGAAAGUGGAGGAGAAGAAAGAGAGCAAAGUAGAGACCCUAAAGGAGGACAAGGAAAUGCCAGAGCAAAAGGAUAAGGAGGAGAAGAAAGAGAUGGCUGGAGAGAAGGAAAAGGUAGAGGAAAAGCAAUUGGAGGAGGAAGACGGGAAGGAGGAGGAGAAGAAAGACCAGACUGAUGAGGAGAGUGAAAAGGAGAAGGAGAGGAAAGAGGGAGAGAAAGAGAAAGUAGAGGAUAAAAAAGCAGAGAAACUGGAAGAGAAGAUGUCCGAAAGGAGAAGGAGUAGCUUAUCUGACUGGGAACUCCUACAAGGGCCGGGCGCAUGCCCAAGCGCCCCUCCAGGCUAUGAAGAUGACAGGGAAGAGGAGGAGGAAGAGUAUGAAACAGAAGAAGCAGAAGAAGCAGAGGAAGAAUAUGGAGAAGAAGAAUGCGUAGCUCCAGGCCAGCCCACCCCUCUGUCCACAGCAGAACAUGCCCACCAUACAAAGGCCUCUGCCAAAACAGAUGGAGUAUCCAGUCGUCCCACUGACCUGCAUAUGGAGGCUACCUCCUCGUCCCCCCCUAGCUACUCCUCAUGUGAAUACAAACACCGCAAAGGAGAAAUCUCCCCAUCCUUCAUCAACCCCAGUCCACAUGCCCUCUCCAGCGAUGAUGGCGAAGAGGACAAAGGGAGCGACCACUCUCUUGAGGGGGAUGAAGACGACCGCGAGCAACACUCGGUCAAGAGGAGGUCUCACAAGCAGAAGCGACAUCUCACUCAAUGUGGAGCUACUGGAGCAGGGGAGGGGUCGCAACCAGUUUCCAUGCCUCCUGGUGGCAUGGCAACUGGACUCGGGGUGGUGCUAGCUGGAGAGGAGACGCCCCCCACAUCAGUGAGCGACUCAUUAGCUUCACAGUCUGACUCAGACGUACCUCCAGAGACCGAGGAGUGCCCAUCGAUUACAGCAGAGGGAAACCUGGACUCAGACGAAGAUGCAGAACACCUGCCGGUGGACAAACUAUCUGCAUCUGCCACCGGAGGGGGCCAUCAACCCCCCUCGCCCAGAUCAGCUGCGAAGGCCCACGACCCCCUACCUGCCCCUAUGAAGGACCCCCUCCCACACCCGCCACACCCUGACGUGUGCAUGGUGGACCCAGAGGCCCUCUCUAACGACCAGAGCAGCACGGAGAAACUUCUCAAGAAGGAUCACAAGACAACCAAGAGCCUGCGGAAGGGCCUGGGCAAACCUAAGUCUGCGUCCCCAGCCCGGAAGGGGAAGAGGUCCACCACCCCUGUGAAGCAGACCUCCAAGGACUCCUCGCCUCGAUCGGCCUCUCUGAGAAGGAGGGACACGGAAAGGAGCUCCAGGCUGACGCAGAAGUCCGAGGGCCUGGGAUCCAAGGGGGACCUACACGCUCCAGGGAAAGGCCUGGUGAACGGUGUCAAGAGCAAUUUGGGUACCAACUCCCAGAAAUCUAGUUCAGCCGUCCCCCCUGGGCCUCCAAUCUAUGUGGACCUGGCCUACGUGCCCAACCACUGCAGUGCCAAGAAUGUGGACCAGGAGUUCUUCAAGCGGGUGCGUGCUGCGUACUACGUGGUGAGCGGCAACGACCCGGCCGGUGGAGAGCCUAGUCGUGGUGUCCUGGAUGCCCUUUUGGAGGGCAAGGCCACAUGGGGCUCCAAUCUACAGGUGACUCUGAUCCCUACUCAUGACACGGAGGUGACGCGGGACUGGUACCAGCAGACGCACGAGAAACAGCAGGACCUGAACAUCAUGGUCUUGGCCAGUAGCAGCACAGUGGUCAUGCAGGAUGAGUCCUUCCCUGCCUGCAAGAUUGAGUUCUAAGUUCUGCACCCGUUGCUAUUUUACCUUCCUCUUCCUCCUCCCCUCAUCUGUGCUACUUUUUUUCCUCCCAUAUGUAAGACUCCAUUGCAUUUGCUGUCGUCUUCGGCAUGUGCACUGGCUUCCAACUGGUCAAUGUUAUCUGAUAACAGCCAGCUACGAUAUGUCAGGCAGAAACAUAGCUAAAGUACAGGGUACAUGGUAGCUGUACAAAGGUGUGAUGUAUAUUUCUUUCAAUUAUGCUUUCCAUUUAAACAACAUACUUGCACGAUAAAAACACCUCUUUAUUAGAUUUGGUCUUAAACAAUAUUGUUUUUUUUUCCUUCACAUAUAACCUCUCCAACGUGCACAUAUUGUGAUCACGCACAUCAUCUGUGAUGAGGAUAAUUCUCAAAACUUAUUUCAGCUUUCAAAUCACUGUACUGCACCUCAAAUCCACUUGUAAAUGGACAACACUUUCCAACUAAAAGUGCUAUCUUUACAAUGUAUCGAUUUGUCUCGCGUUGUUGGGGCAUCUAGUGCCUAAUGCUCCGUUAAGAUUGUCCACAGUUAUGUCACAUUCAAAAUGUGAUAUUUCAACACUCUUACUUAUUGUCUUAAACUCAACAGAGAAAUACAAAAUGAAAAUAAAAUGUAUAAAUUGCUUAUCCAAAGGGCCAAAGUAAGUGCCAAAACAGUCUUGAGGUAACACAGUGGCUGUGUCCCAAAUCUGGCUUGCCUACUACUUCCCUAAACAGUAUACUGCGUACUAAUUGAACUACAUACUACAAUGUACUUAGUAAAAAUAUGUAUGCAGCAAGCAACAAAUAUCAACAUAAUGCGAAGGCAUCAAACGUGUUGUCGCACUUGUUCCCCCGUCAUUUGUUCAUUUUUUUUGUAAAGCACAUCUGAUUAUCAGCUGGUGUCGAACCAGCGCGGGUGUGAAAAAAAACCCGAUUCACUUCCUCAAUAGUGUGUAGUAAAUUCUACCAGACGAACAGCCUAAAUAAGUCUGACAUCUAGGCAUUUCAUGAAUACUCGAUUAUCGAAAUUUCACAUACUCAAACGGCCUACUAUUUAGGAUGCAAGUAUAUUCGGACACAGGCAGUUGUUAACGCUCUGCAAAAUAAGUCGAAAACCGUUACGAGAUGAACAGUUACUUGAUCUCGCUUGUACGCAGACUACGCACAAUGUUGUAUAAUGGUAGUAGCUUCGUAAGUCUCCUAAAUCAGACUACGCACAACGUUGUAUAAUGGUAGUAGCUUAGUAAGUAUCCUAAAUUGAGGCUUUGUUUUCGAUAUAUAAGACAAUACUCCUGUUAGGAGAUAUUACAUAAGAUGCAGCUCUAGAUGCUGUACCAUUUGACUUUCUCAGUACUCUUAACUACGUCAGCUGGUGUUACAGAGGACUAUUACCACAUCGCUUGCCGUGAAGCUUUAGGAGGGGCCUGAAAGUGCUACUUUCAGUUUAAAUAACUAGCUAGCUUUUAUUAAUUAUUUUUCCUCAGUAGCUGAAGCAUGAUUCUUGCAUUUAGCUCAGACUCCUCCCUCGAGGAAGUAGAGUUUUUUAUUUAUUUGACCAUGUGUCUAGUCCUUGCAGUCUCCAAGUAGAGAGUAGCCUAUAAACAUGUUCCAAUACCUUACCGUUUGGCUGUGUGUUUGCUAAGAUGAACAUUACAUUGUAGGCACUGGGCAAAGAGAUGGUUCUCUUGUAUUUGCCAUAUUUGUGCUGGAUAUAAUGGUUCUUUAUCAAUAUAUGAAGCAGUGGAGGCUGCUGAGGGGAGGACGGCUCAUAAUAAUGGUCGGAACAGAGUGAAUGGAAUGGCAUCAAACACCUGGAAACAAUGGAAACCAUGGAAACAAUGUGUUUGAUGUAUUCGAUAACAUUCCAAUGAUUCCGUUCCAGUCGUUACCACGAGCCAGUCGUCCUGUGAUCUGAAGCCAUUAUCAUGGUCUUUGUUGGUAUGUUGAUAUGUUGAUACAUGUAGAGAUUGUGUUAUAACACAUUAGAGAACGAUGUUUAAAUGAAUGCAGCUGACUGGUUGAGACAGAGGCAACCGAGAUGAAUGUAUUACGUUUGAUGUUUUCUCCCGUUUUCAGUUCAAUUAUACUGUCUGUAUGAAACUGUUUAAUGAACUGAUGGAAACUGCAUCGAUUUUCCAUGGCUAAUGUAGCCAUUAGAGUCUACUCCGUCCCACUAAGACAGGGUUGUGUGGAGGUUGUGUGAGUGUUCUUGUGGGGGGGAAACAUGACUGCGGUGGUAGACAAUCGCUCUCAUGUGCCUUCUGGUUGGGGUAUAUUGGUCAAGUGAGAAGGGUUACUUUUAUAGUAGGCAUUGUGGAGAGGGGAACCUGGAUCCAGGGAUAACACAAGGAACUGUAGAGAGGGGAACCUGGAUCCAGGGAUAACACACGGAACUGUAGAGAGGGGAACCUGGAUCCAGGGAUAACACAAGGAACUGUAGAGAGGGGGACCUGGAUCCAGGGAUAACACAAGGAACUGUAGAGAGGGAACCUGGAUCCAGGGAUAUCACAAGGAACUGAAGAGAGGGGAACCUGGAUCCAGGGAUAACACAAGGAACUGUAGAGAGGGGAACCUGGAUCCAGGGAUAACACAAGAAAUGGUAGAGAGGGGGACCUCAAUCCAGGGAUAACACAAGAAAUGGUGGAGAGGGGAACCUGGAUCCAGGGAUAACACAAGGAACUGAAGAGAGGGGGACCUGGAUCCAGAGAUAACACAAGGAACUAUAGAGAGGGGAACCUGGAUCCAGGGAUAACACAAGGAACUGUGGAGAGGGGAACACUUUACAAUAUCAAACAAAUCCAUAGCUGUUGUCCAGGAAUAGUGCAUCUAGUCUGAUCCAUGUGGAUGGAUGCUGUAUCCUGUAUACACACACAGUCGGUCGGUGAAAAGGUCAUUAGCCAGCUUAGCCAGCACAUUUUAGAUUCAGUUUCUUAUCAGUUUAUUGCUGGUUAGCAUUUGUCCCCUAUCUUAAAGUGCCACCCAGAAAAUGCAUCAGACAAUAACGUGGUCAAAGAGCAAGAAUGCACUUUUCAAAGGGGAGAAGACUAUGGACUAUGGACUAUGGUAGCCUUUGAUUUUAGAAUAGGUGGCUAGAGCAAACGCUCCAUACUGUAUGUGAAGACGUUCCAACAAUAACGCAAGGUAGAUAUUUAUCUAAUAAAAUUUUUAAAAAAAGUAAACUUUUCAACCCUAAGAUCAUAUUUAUGAAACAAACAUGAAUGUGAUGUUGUCGAUUGUAGUGGAUAGAGAUGUGGCACGUGUACCACAGGUCUUACGAGUAGAAUGACGUUUUGUGUUGUAGUACGUGCUUGAGUGACACACACACAGAGAGACGGGGACAACAGUGUGUGUCUUAAAAGUGAUUGUUUGCGGUGGGUAAUCAGAGGUGGAGAUACUUACUUUGUCGCACUGCUCAUCGGAACUCAUUACAAAGCGUGAUUCAGAUUUGCAUUCAAUUCCAUAGAGAUUAUAGUCACUUUUUGAUUGUUUUGCGUUUUAUUGUACUUUUCUGGUAGUUAUUUUGUAGUUUUAUUAGUUAAAUUAAUUCAUGAAUAAAUUAUCAGUAUUAGAUUUGUAUUUUUAUUGAUUUGAAUUGUUUUUCAAUAUUUCAGUUACAUGUAGAACUAACAAUUAUGAUUGUCUCUUUUGUUUACAUUUCUUAGACUGUAUUUUUGAAAAGACUGGCUAAAAAUGUAUUUUAUAAUAAGCGUCUGAUUUUCAGCAUUCUUUUUUGCUUAGUGAUUCUUAAAUGUAAGGUGUUUCUGUUCAGAGCUGCUGUGUUGUGUGUUUGGGGCUCCUGGCUUGAGGCCAGAGAGAGUGGACUGGGUGGGGCAGACAGAGGUUGCUGGAGAGUCUGUCUAUGACUCAUAGUCUGCAGACGGACAGACAUCCUUUACAUCGAACUGCAAGAGGAACAUUCUCUCCCUCUAUUGGAUCCAGAACCUAACGGAGUCUCCUCUUAGGCUAAACCCAUAAAGCCACAGUCUGUAGCCAUCUUGCACUAGCCUGAGAAAAGUGCCAUCUUUGUCUGUUUUUUUUUCUGAACUUACUCAAAUGUACGCUGCUAUAAUAGGCUGCAGGACAGCUUCCCCCAGGUCUGUUCCUAGCCCGGCCCACUCUCUGACUAGCAACGCGGCAGAGCCAGCCGGACUCGCGGCUCCGGCUGAAUGGUUUCUUUCAGUAUUAUUGAGAUCCUCAAUUUUGUUAGCUUUAGAGUCAGUAUGCUUGUCAUGUUGAUUAAUAGGAAGUUCAGAAUAGCUGCUACGCUGAGUGAGAGCAUCUCUAUCCCCUGGAGGAUGUUUAUCAAAUAGCUGUGUAUGAGAAACUACAUUUCCCGGGAUAGAGGGGCCACACUAAGCCUACGACAGGUUGUCAGUGAAGGUAUAAAUACAUGGCUUUGGAUAUAUUACAAUGUUGUCACGAACUACUGUUUCUAAACUGAUCAUAUCAAUCUAAGUCUCUCUACCCCUUUUUGGCACUCUAUGGCAGGUACAGAUCUAGUACAGGGAAGGUAAGGGGGAAAUCUGAACCAGGCUCAAGAUUGGCUGUUUAACAUAUACUGUCUAUGACAUGAGUUUUCUGAAUGGGCUGAUAUGGUGUAUUGUCCUCAAGUCUGACUUAAGUCUGAGUUUUGUUUUAAGUUGUGGCGGAGCAUCUUGGUGGUUCGAUUCCAAAUACCCAGCCUUAGGAUCAAGCACCCUGGGGCCUUGGCAGAUGGCUGUGAAAUACUAAAUAAAAAAAUAUAUACAAAAUAUGACUUUGCAGAAUGCACUAAACCUGAAAUAAUACUAUUGGUACAGUUGGUACUGUACUGUAUGCUGCUGGACGAAAAACCCAGAAGAAAACAGAAUUGUACGCAAAUAUCUAAGAGAUAUAUCAGUGGAGGAAAGCCUAAGGAAGACACAGACUACUGUAUUCAGAUUUAAUUUCUAGAACAAUGAUUGUAACUCAAAACAGAGUACAGUUUAUUCAUAUUGCAAUGGCUGUUGUUUCAUUUGCGGUUCUGUCCCAAGAGGAGAAAACUGUCAUUUAUGACAACACAAAGACUCGGUGUCCCACACAAACAGAAACAUACUUACAAUAACACAGAAACUAACUGCAGCUGAAACUUUUCCUGAAUAUGACUUGAAAACACAUUGGAGACAGAAGAAAACAACAAAUGAGUCAAAUGAAAGAUACAUGUACAUGUAUGUACUGUACACAACUAUGUAUAUACACCUUAAAACAAAAUCUCAAUAGAUAUGUUAUGAAACAUAUGAUCCUACUUGGCAUUUUAGCAGAUUUUAAUCAAGUGUAUGAUCAAAACUUCCCAAGCCUUGAACAAAGAAACAUAGCCAAUGCUAACUAGGUAGCUAACAGAUGAAAAAUAAACGUCUUUCAGUUUCAUUUCCAUUCUCCCAACUUUCUCAUCAUAAAAAGAUUUGAACUCUUUUGAACAUAUAUCAUUGUCCCAUCUUAUCUCUCUGCAUGUGAACUAUUUGGUUAUAAUCCUGAAUGUAAUUGUUUAUUAACAUGAAAAUGAAAACAGGAAAUGCUCUUUUAAAAUGGUAUAUUUGAAACAGCUGAUUGUUUAACUGGUUCUGGGAUGGCAUAUAUUAUUACCGUGCUGUGCUUGACUGUUUUACCCUAAGAUGUUGUUAUAAUAAAACAUGUUGUAGUUCUUCGGUCUUUGUCGCUGUAUUAAUCUUAGUUCUGUUCCUAUCUUCAGUGCAAUUGUAGAAAAUUGUCUCUCUCUUUCUCUCUCUCUCGCUCUUUAAAUCUAAAAUGCAAAACUACAACUAGGCCUACCGCAGAUUAAUUGUAAAAGGGAAACAGCCUGGUGAUCACCAAUAAAAAUGCAUUUAUUGAAAUCAGA